AUCGGACACAUAUUUUUCCACAAGAAACAUCACCCUUGCAUUGGACUUGUGAGCAGUGCGCCGGGGCGAUUGGUUGUCUGGGUGAACGAACGGCGGCGGCUCCGGGGCGGAAAGCACCCUGAGCUUCCCCACACUCGCAGCCGAGGCAGUCGCGGGUCUUGGAGAGCGGCACUUAAAAACACCUCCGGCUCCCAUCCCUGAAGUUUACACGGCCACCUCACCUUGUGUCUCGAUCGUCCACAUUGCUCGUCCACUGCUACACGAGCCCCAGGCAUCCAACCCCAAGUACCGUUCCUCCAGAUCCAAAGCUCCAGUUGCCCAUCAUGAGCGGCCCCGGCGUCGGUUUCGAGUACCCGGCCGUGCCCACGUCAUGGCUCAAGCGUGAUGUCCUCCUCUUCGCCGCCUCCAUUGGCGCCACUGACCAAGAGCUUCACUUUCUCUACGAGCUGGACCCCAAUUUCGCCGUCUUCCCUACCUACUCUUUGAUCCUGCCUUUCAAGAAGGACACGCAAGAGGUCGUCGACUUCUAUGCCGCCCAGAAGGCCAUUCGCAUCCCCGGUGUUCCAGAGUUCGACGCUCGCCGCGUUGUUGACGGCCAGCGCAAGAUUGAGUUCUUCAAGCCCCUGCCCACCACGUCCGAGGGCAAGAAGUUUGAGAUUCGCACAAAGGUCGUGGGCGUGUAUGACAAGGGCCGCCCGGGCACCGUCGUCGAGACCCAGACGGACAUUGUCGAGGUCGGCACGGGCGAGGUCUACUCGCGCGUCAUCGGCUCUGGCUUCUACAUUGGCCAGGGCAACUGGGGCGGCCCCAAGGGUCCGGCCACUGAGAACUACCCGCCGCCCAAGGGCAAGAAGCCCGACGUCACCUUCGAGCACCAGACCACCGCCGAGACGGCCCUGCUGUACCGGCUCAACGGCGACUACAACCCGCUCCACGCCCACCCGGAGCCUGGCAAGAAGAUGGGCUUCGGCGGCGCCAUCAUUCACGGCCUGUACUCUUUCAACUCGACUGCCCACGGCCUGCUGCAGCGCUUCGGUGGCAGCGACCCGGCCAACAUCAAGGAGUUCCAGGCUCGCUUCGCCAGCCCGGUCAAGCCGGGCGACAAGCUCGUCACCUCGGCCUGGAGGACCGGUGAGGUCAACAGCGAGGGUUUUGAGGAGAUUCGUUUCUCUGUGGCCGUCGAGGGCGGCAAGCAAGUUCUGAGCAACGGCAAGACGCUGAUCAAGGUUGUGGGCGAGUCCAAGAGCAAGUUGUGAUUGCUGGCAAGUACUGUAGAAAAGUCUGAGCUGUAGGAACAAAGGGAAAUUGCUUCAAUUCGGGAGGCGCCUCUCGCAAACCUUCAUCUACUGAGUCAAUCAUGCAUAGCCGUGU